UCAAUGAAAGUGUUAAAUUUUUCAAAGAAACAUUUGAAACGAAACUAACAGAAGCAGAUACAUAUUUUCGUGAAAAAGCAAAUAAUUCAAAUAUUAAUGACAAUAUAAUUAAAGGCUUUGAGAGGUUUUUGAAAUGUUUCGAUUCUUUUUUGAAAGAUAUUUUGAAAGUUGAUGAUAUUGAGGAAUACAAUAUUAUUAUAUAUG